CGUGAUGCAGAACCUCGACGACUUUACGACAUACAACUCCACCUCGUCUCACCUCUGGAACGUGACAACGCUGUGGUACGAGAAUGACACCUAUCACAACGGCACCAACUACACGGAUCUGGCGCCGCGAAAUCAAUUCGUGCUACCGUGGUGGCGGCAGAUGAUCUGGACGCUUCUGUUCGCCGGCAUGAUCACCGUGGCGACCGGGGGUAACCUGAUAGUGAUAUGGAUCGUGUUGGCGCACCGGCGGAUGCGCACCGUCACCAAUUACUUCCUGGUGAACCUCAGCAUCGCGGACGCCAUGGUGUCGACCUUGAACGUCACCUUCAACUAUACCUACAUGCUCAACAGCCACUGGCCGUUCGGGACGCUCUACUGCAAGAUCUCCCAGUUUAUCGCGGUGCUCACGAUAUGCGCCAGCGUCUUCACCUUGAUGGCGAUAUCCAUUGACCGAUACAUGGCCAUCGUAAAUCCAUUGAAACCACGUAUGGGGAAAAAGGCGACAUUGUGCGUUGCAAUCGUAAUUUGGAUCAUCGGGGCAAUUCUGUCCUUACCAAUGCUGCUUUUCUACACGACUUAUACUCAGAACUUUAUGAACGGCGAGGUCCGCGUCGUCUGUUACAGCGAUUGGCCAAACACAGAUGACAAUGGACUCAGCUACGACGAAUAUUUGUACAACGUUAUCUUCAUGAUAUUGACGUACUUUUUACCAAUCGGAUCUAUGACGUUUACCUACGCCAGGGUCGGCCUGGAAUUGUGGGGCUCGCAAAGCAUCGGGGAGGCCACAGCCAGACAGCUCGAAAACAUUCGGAGCAAACGGAGGGUCGUAAAAAUGAUGAUAGUCGUAGUAGUAAUAUUCGCGGUGUGCUGGCUUCCGUUUCAUAUGUACUUCAUAGUAACGUCCUAUCUGCCAGAAAUUACAAAUGAACCGUACAUCCAAGAGGUAUUUCUGGGCAUAUACUGGCUGGCGAUGUCCAACAGCAUGUAUAACCCUAUAAUUUAUUGUUGGAUGAAUACCAGAUUUCGCCGUGGCUUCGCCCAGUUCUUCUUCUGGUGCCCGUGGGUGCGAGUGACGGCGGAGCCGUCUCUGUCGCGUUCGGAGGCUGUGACGUCCAGGUACAGCUGCACCGGUAGCCCGGACAUGCACACCAGAAUAUCGCGGAAUGGUACGUGCACCCUCUCGGAGCGCACUUGCACCACCGGCUCCACAACGCCUAGGAGCGAGUCAGAGCCUCAUCUCGAGGACGCUGACCCAGUCCAGGGGGACGCGCACCCAUCAUCCAUAGAUUUGCGCCAUUUGGUCCCCGACAUCCUCGCCAACGUCGAUCGUGGCAAUGUUGUCGCGUCCACGGAUUGCACCUCGCACUGACUCACUCGCACAAAAUUUCUUAGAUCUUAUCGUCUUGCCUUCGAGUAUCCGAGUAGUACACUCGCUCAAUAUGGCGGAUCGAAGAUAUCGCCUCGCGCGUUAAAUUAUUUGCGUAUCUAACACGGAGCGUUAAUAUAAAUGUAAAAAUUUGUUUCGUCGAUUUUUGAUAUAAAAAUCGUUUACGCAAUGUCGUGUACGAUGACACAAUUCGACGCGAGGUGAGAAUCGAAUAUAUUUAGUGUUAAAUAUGUAGCGCAGAUGUACGGGACCGUUCGUUUUGCAUUUACUCCGUGGUUUCGUAUCGAUCACGGUAUGGCAAACCAGACGGUACGGCAAACCAGACGGGAAGUAAUAAACGCGAAACGCGGAAAAUAAACUAUGAUUGCAUGUUUGUUGUUCGUUAACUCGCGAAGGAAAAUAUUUUAUUACAAGAUCAAGAAUUAAGCUUUUGAAUAUCUAAAAGUGAAUAAAUUCACUUAACGAAUGCAAAAGAAUCUUAGAUCUUUGCAUAUUAAUUCGCUCGAUAAGAUUAAUUCUUGAUGGCAAAAGAUGUUGUGAAGAAAAGAAACAUUUAGCAUAUAUAAUUUUAGCGUGUUAUUUAUCAUGACAUUUUAACUGAAUAGACAUGUUUUGCUUUAUUACAGUUAUAAAUACUGAUAUCAUGAUUUUUCUUUUCUUUUUUUUUUUCAAUUACAUCUUCACGAACAUCCGUUGAUGAAUUUACUUUUCCUCAGACACUCCCAUACCAUUGAAUUUGCCAUUUAAGUACGUGUACAUCGCUUUAGUUAUGUUGUACGUUAUGCUUUCACACAUGUUGAUUUUAAAGCGGCACGCAAUAAAAAGUAACAGUACGCUCCUUUA